CGCAGAGAUUUUAGUUGCAUAACUUUUUUCGAAUAGAAACGAACAGAUAAGCAGUCAGUAAGUUUGAAGUGUGCCGUGAACGAUAAUAAGUGCUGUGGACAUAAAAUUCGUGUAAAUUUGUGCAAAUCAACGAGAAAAAAUGGCAUUUUUUCGAAGCUUUGGAAAAUUUGGAUCAAAUUCAAUGAAAAUUCUCUUGAUUAACAAAAAUGGAUAUUUUAACUCGAAAUUUCUAUCAUCGUCCACAAGAAUCAUGUCUGCAGCGUCACCAACCUCACAGCUAAAUGCCAAUUCUCCGCAAUCUCAAAAAAUUGGAAAACGAGAUCCAUUAGAUACUUCAUUUGAUAAUCAUAUUGAUGCAUUUAAGUCAAAAACUACGGUCGAAUUAAUUCGAGCAUAUUUGGUCUAUGUUCUAUGCUCAUCUGAAUAUCUUGUCGAGAAUAAUAUGAAGAUAAUGAAGUUAAUGAACAGCAUUUUAGGCGAUAAGGUUUUCAACAUGUUAAUGAAAUCGACAUUUUAUGGACACUUUGUUGCGGGCGAAGAUCAAGUGAAAAUUGUUCCAUGUCUUGAGAGAUUACGGUCGUUUGGUGUCAAGCCAAUCUUGGAUUAUUCAGUCGAAGAGGAUUUAUCACAGGAAGAAGCAGAAGAACGCGAAGUAACAGCGGCAACACCAUUGGCAGCACCAAAUCCAUCAGAUCCAAGCCAUUUACCACAAUAUGUCGUUGACAAAACAUUCGCUGACCGACGUUACAAAGUACUCGGUGCACGAACAUAUUUUUACUUGAAUGAAGCAACAUGUGAACGAAACAUGGAAAUUUUUAUUAAAUGUUUAGAAGCUGUUAAGUAUAGCUCUUUUGGUACUGGAAUAACAGCAAUUAAAUUAACUGCCCUUGGACGUCCUAAUUUGCUUUUGCAAAUAUCUGAAGUCAUUCAACGAACACGUCAAUAUAUGCGAGACAUUGCUGGAGGAACUGGAAAUGUUUUGACUCAUCAUAAGACAAUUAAGGAUUUGGAAAAAUAUUUUGGAAAAUUGGGUGAUCAAAAGGAUGUAAAGGAGUUUCUCGAACGAAUGACUACUGAUAAAGAAGGAAUUUUGCAUCUUUUCCCAUGGUCGGGUAUUGUGAAUGAAGAAUGUCAGCUGUCUGAUACUUUUAGAGUACCUGAUCCAAAAACUGGACAAAUGCGUCGAUUAACAUCACAAAUUCAACCCAAAGAGGAAGAAAUGUUUCGAAAUAUGAUCAGACGAUUGAACAACAUUGUUAAAAUUGCAGAAGAACUUGACGUUAGGAUUAUGAUUGAUGCGGAACAAACAUACUUUCAACCUGCCAUUUCGCGUAUCACGUUGGAAAUGAUGAGAAAAUACAACACAAAAAAAGCAAUUGUUUUCAAUACGUAUCAGUGCUACUUGAAGGAAGCUUAUCAAGAAGUCGUUACUGAUCUCGAGCAAGCAUCACGUCAGAACUUUUAUUUCGGUGCAAAACUUGUACGAGGAGCUUAUAUGGAUCAGGAACGAGCUCGUGCUGAUGCAUUAGGAUAUGAAGAUCCAAUUAAUGCUAAUUAUGAAGCCACAACUGAAAUGUAUCACAAAACAUUGACUGAAUGCUUAAGGAGAAUUAAACACUUGAAGAAUGCUGGAGCAGAUCCAAAGAAAAUAGCUAUUAUGGUCGCCAGUCACAACGAAGACACAGUUCGAUUUGCAAUUGAAAAAAUGAAGGAAAUUGGAAUUUCCCCAGAAGAUAAAGUCAUUUGCUUUGGACAAUUGCUUGGAAUGUGUGAUUACAUAACAAUGCCAUUAGGUCAAGCUGGGUAUUCAGCAUACAAGUACAUUCCUUAUGGCCCAGUCAAGGAAGUUUUACCAUAUUUAUCGCGACGAGCACAAGAAAAUAAGGGUGUAUUAAAGAAAAUUCAGAAGGAAAAGAGAUUAUUAAAGACCGAAAUUUUUAGACGACUUUCUCGUGGACAGUUAUUUUACAAACCAAAGGGAGAUUAUGUUCCAAUUUAAAUUAAAUCCAAAAGUGAAAGAAAUAGAGUAUUAGAAUCUCACAUUUAUAUAUUUAAUCAUUGUGAAUGUCAUAAUACAGAUGAUUUUAAUUCAAGUUUACCUAUAUACCCAGAAAAAAAGAAGAAGGAAAACAACAAGAGUACUCUGAGAAAUCCAUAGUAUUUAAAAAACAUAAUUCGUUAACAAUAAUAAUACCAAAGUAAAUUUGAUCAAGUGUUCAGCUGUCUAUUUAUAAUUCGACCUUUUUAU